AUGUUCGGUAUUGGCUUUUUCAUCAAGAGUGCCGCCCCAGUUUCUGUCUUUAUAGCCGUUUUCCUUCUCGGCUUCCUCCUUGUCGGCUGUACGUCUGCAGAUGCAGCAUACUCCAAAGUCUACCUUGUACGGCUUGAAUUCAACGAAACGAUCGCGAAUAGUGUAUCUUCCAAUUCGCUGAUCACGGAACUAUCGCUUGCUACAGGGUACUUGGGCAUGUGUGUACUGGCUGAUGGGUCGAAGAUGUGCUCCACUGCAAAGAAUGCUCUGGAUUUGGCUCCAUAUGCCACCAUUAGCGUUGGUGAAUCGUCUCUUUCUCUAGUUGAAGUCUCCAAAGCCUUGCGGAACGUGUGCCAUCCACGUCUUCUCGCCACUAGCCUCGCAUUGUGCUUGGUCCUCUUACUUGUGAUGUCGUGGCUUGCACUACCGUUGGUGCCGGGAAAAGUUGUUGUGCGUCGUGUAGGCUGUGGCUUGGCGGCCUUGGCGUUGAUGAUAUGGGGGCUUGGAGCCAUGCUUCAACAUCAGGCAGUAGCAGGGGCAAAGUCAUUUUCCGAAGCUGCGCUGCUGGGCUUGGUAAUUGUGGCCAAAGGUGGACGGGCAGAGGCCAUGACCUGGACGGCAUUUGCGUUUCUAUUAGCAUCCUGUUUGGCAUUAGGAGCAGAAUGCUUUAGCCAGCGAUCUAACAAGCCAGAAACGACACAGCAGUUGAAGCAUGAAAGUUCAUGA